UUCACUGCUAUUCGUAUUCUGUCGACCUGUGAUGGCAAUUGCGAACUUGCUGCACCCUGACAAGUCACCGUGACUUCUUUUAAGAUGUAUGAUUCGCUGUAUUGACGCAUUUUGUGAGUGAAGUAGCCGUUACCCGAGCAUACAAAUCAUCAGAUUGACUCCGAGCUUGCUAGCUGCUCUCUUUGUGUUUUUACUCCGGUGUCUUGGGCGCUUGCAAGCGACAACGACCUUGCAAGGAAUAACGCUGCAUUUUAGGCUUCUUUGCUCGAGUAUAUACAGCAAUCCGAGCAAGAUACAGAAGAUUCGCUAUGACCUGAUAUUUACAUGCUAGAGAAAUAUGACCUCCACAGUGGCAUUUACUUUCUUGAUGAAACCAUACUUGAUAAUAUAAAGAUUAUGGAUGACAGUGUUGAUUUCCAGCUGAACUCUCAUUUGUCCACACUGGCCAGUAUCCACAAGAUCUACCACACCCUGCACAGACUGAACCUGACAGAAGACGUCGGCCCAGAGACUCACGGUACAGCCUGCUGCUCCAGAGCCAUGCCCCCCAGGAAAAAGAGGAGACCCACUGCUGGAGAUGACCUGUCUGCUAAGAAGAGCCGGCAGGAUAAUGUUUACAGAAAACAGGAGACAUUGCAAAUCCAGGAAGCCGAAGCUUUUUCUAGCAAGAGAUGUCUAGAAUGGUUCUAUGAAUAUGCAGGUCCUAAAAAGAGUAUAAUCACAUCAGAAUCUGGUUGUGAUGAUGUUUUUGGACCGGACGGGAUGGAGAAAUUCUGUGAAGACAUUGGCGUGGAGCCAGAGAAUGUAGUGAUGCUGGUAUUGGCCUGGAAGCUUGAUGCCCAGAGUAUGGGUUACUUCACUUUACAGGAGUGGCUCAAGGGAAUGGGCUCAUUGCAAUGUGACUCUACUGAAAAACUCAGGAACUCUCUAGACUACCUGAGGUCUGUCCUCAAUGAUGCCACCAGUUUCAAGCUCGUUUACCGAUAUGCCUUCGACUUUGCCAGGGAGAAGGAUCAGAGGAGUUUAGACUUGAAUACUGCCAAGUGCAUGCUGGGACUUCUGCUUGGGAAGACCUGGCCAUUGUUUCCAGUGUUUAACCAGUUUCUAGAACAAUCUAAGUAUAAGGUUAUAAAUAAAGAUCAAUGGUGCAAUGUUCUAGAAUUCAGUAGGACUAUCAAUCUUGAUCUCAGUAACUAUGAUGAGGACGGGGCCUGGCCAGUGCUGUUGGAUGAGUUUGUGGAGUGGUAUAAAGACAGAGAGAUGUCGUAGCGACAGCUUCCCCACACCUACCACCAUCACCAACUAGAAACUAAUCGCCAACAAUCACAAUGACAAUGACGACAGAAACGGCUUUGAAACAAACAUCUAGACAAGUGUUUGGGACAGAUGAUGGUGGCCCCUGGCGAUGAGGGCUUGAGUGUGUGAGUGUUUGCAUAGAAUGUAAUUAUUAAUGCACAUGUUUGUAUGUCGCCCUUUUAGCCGGGGCCACUGGUGGUUGUGUGUUGGAGAAACAGCACCUCACCGACUCCACCUAAUGCCCCCCAUAGCCCACAAUGCAUUGUGGGUAAGCACACGGCCAGUGUUGGUGCCGCCUUCCCACCCCACUGUGAUGUUUCAUAUUGCUGUGAAUGUUUCGAUAGGCUCUUAUAAGCAGGAUGAAUUUGGAUUCUCCACAAGGCAGGGUAGGUACAAACUCCCAUACUGUCUGAGGUUUAGGUAAUUAGGGCAUGGAAGGAAAGGAAAAAGGAAGAACCUGCUUGACUUUUUACUGAAGGUCAGUGACUUAUUACUAAGACUUUAUGGGUCAAAAAUCGAAAUAGCUUACAGUGUCGCUCUGCUGAUGUGGUCCAAACACUGUUUACUAUGGUUUUUAUGUUAAAGGAUGAUUGACAGUCAAGAGCAUGUUACCAUAGAUGCAUAGCGACCUUUGCCAUAAGUUUUAUUUUUACCAGCCUCACUGCACUUGGUUGCAAUUUAAUAAAGCGCACCACAUGCAAGAGUAGGGCUGUGCAAAUAAUCUAAUGCGAUUUUCAUGCGCAUCUCGUCAGUAAAG